UCUCAACCUACAAUUCCACAAAACAACCACCUACAAUGUCCCCCAAAACCAUCCUCGUCAUCGGCGCCACCGGCAACCAAGGCCGCGGCGUCGUCCAACACUCCCUAUCCGCAGGCCACUCCGUCUCCGCCUUCGUGCGCAACCCAGCCAGCAGCGCCGCAGUCCAACUCGCCGAACAAGGUGCGACUCUCAUCACAGGCGACCUCGACGACCUGGAAUCUCUCCGCAAUGCGACACAAAACGUGGACGCCGUGUUCUUCACCGAAGUGCAAACCGGCAAACCCGAGGCUGAUUUCCAGCGCAUGGAGAACAUCAUUCUCGCUGCGAAGGAGUCAUCCACUCUCUCGCAUAUCAUUCUUGGUACGGCGCUGAAGACAGGCCAGCAUGAGUCAUUCCCCGGAUGGGAAAGCGGUGCUCAUCCGAUGAAAGCGUACUGGUUGAACAAGCAUGCCUUGGAGAAUCGUGUUCGUGAAGUAGCGGAAGCAAAGGAGGGCGGGCGCUGGACGAUUGUCCGACCGGGCCACUUCCUUCAGAACCUCCUGCCGCCUGUGCGGGACUUCAUGUUCCCUGCGUUCAAGGAAGAGCGGGUCCUGCGCGUGGCAUAUCGGCCCGGCACGGAGCUGCCGUUGGUGGAUGCUCGGGAUGUGGGGAUUGUGGUUGCGGCGGCGGUUAAGGAGCCUGAAAGGUUUGCGAACAAGGCUGUUGAUGUGGCGGUCGAGGUGGUGACGGUGGAGCAGCUGGCAGGGAAGAUUGGGAAGGUGGUGGGUGAAGAGGUGAAGGUGGAGUUUUUGGAUGAUGAGGUCGUGGAUGGGAUGAUCAAGGAGGGACAUCUUGGUGCUGCUUCGUCGAGAUGGGCGGAUGAGGUGCCCGGUGGUGAUGGAGUGAGCAAUUGUCGUGAGCAGUUGGGAGUGUUGGCGGAGGGACUUACUUCCGUGGAUGCAUUCCUGAAGGAGCAUGAGAAGGAGAUUUUGGCUUGAUGCUGAUGCUGCUGAUUAUGGGUUUGAACGUGGAAUGAGCUGGUUUGCUUAUUUGAGCAUGUUAUAUGUAAA